AUGCUUCCUCGUGCUGCCGCAAGACCCAAGCUGUCCGUUAGCAUCGCUGCGGCACAGAAUCCCACUCGACCCUCCUUGUCUCUCAAGUCUCCCGGUCCUCUACCUCGCACUCCUAUUUCUCCGUCGCCUCUCAGUCCCAAUGCGAAGCGGUAUUCCUCGCUGCACGUCCCGACCUACAACUACACCAAUUCAUGUUCGUCCAAGAGCAUCCUCAAGAAACAUUCGGCCAUGGGCGCCAACGGCACCGUCAACAAACACAUCCAAUUCAAGGGUACGCCCACAGUGCAUUGUGUGACGCCCAUUGAAAAUCCAGAGGAAUACUACGGCACUCACACCAAAGUGACGCGCGAAGAGCGACGCUGGAUGUGGGAUGGAAUUAUUGGCGCAGAGCAGCGGAUGUUCAACAGAACGCGAGUCACUCGGAUGAUGAUUGAUCUUUUGAGAAAAGAGUCCACCUGUCCACCUCCUGUGUAUAUGAAAACUAUUAUGGCAGAUCCCCAGGGCUUCCGUGGCCCGUGCGAGCAGGUUCUUUGCGCCUUCGCCGCCUGGUCGCCUCCUGCCCGAGCGCCAUUUCCGUCCAUCCAGCUCCUCAUGUUGUUCGCGCGACUCCCUGCUGCGGCCUGUCGCAGGAAGCUCUGCACAGCCCCGAAAUGGAGUCUGCCUACGCGGACCCGCGGAUUACUGACUCUUGCUAUCGAGACAUCCUGCGAUGACACGUCGGUUGGGAUCGUCGAAAAGAAGACCGGACCCUCGGGUGCGACUGCAAAGACCCAUUUCCUCGAGAACGUAACGGCAAACACGACCUCGUAUCGCGGCGUUCAUCCCAUCGUUGCCCUCGAAUCGCAUCAAGAGAACAUCGCCAAACUGGUCAACAAGGCCCUCGCGCAUUUACCGGAGCCGUCGGGUACACAUGGAGGACAUCAGCUACUACACCUUUCAAAUGAUCCCACGCCACGUCGCAAACCUGACUUUGUGUCGGCCACCAGAGGACCCGGGAUGCGGGCUAAUUUGUUCGUCGGGUUGGACACGGGCAAGGCGCUCUCGGUUGCGUGGCAGGUUCCCUUUGUCGGCGUCCAUCACAUGCAGGCUCAUCUGUUGACACCGCGUCUGGUGUCAUGUUUGGAGCGCGCUCAGAUCGAUACCCCGGAAACUGGUUCGUCUCAGCCUACGACUCCUGAGUUCCCGUUCCUCUCAAUCCUCGUCUCCGGCGGACAUUCGAUCCUCGUCAAGUCGUCUUCCAUCACGGACCAUGAGAUCAUGGCGUCGAGCUCCGACGUAGCGAUCGGCGACUCGCUCGACAAGACGGCCCGAGACAUUCUUCCCGAGCCUCUGCUUCAGAGUGCGAACACCACCAUGUACGGCAAACUGCUGGAACAAUUCGCCUUUCCAAAUGGCAGCAUAGACUACGCCGACUACCGUCCCCCGAUGACGCGUGGCGAGGAGAUCGCCACCCGUGCAACUCCCUGGGGCUGGUACCUCACCGCUCCGUUUGCUAAUACCCGGAAGCUAGAAUUCAGUUUCUCGUCCAUCGCGUCGUCAAUCACCAGGAUCACUACUGCGAAACACAAGGCCGGCGAAACCAUGGGCCACGAGGAGCGUGUCGCCAUGGCACGCGAGACGAUGCGCGUCUGUUUCGAGCAUCUGGCCUCUCGCACUGUCAUCGCUCUCGAAGCGCUUCGUAAAAAGGGCCCCGGCAACGAGGUGAAAACCCUCGUAGUCAGCGGGGGCGUCGCGGCUAAUCGCUUCCUGAUGACCGUCCUGCGCUCGUUCCUUGAUGUCCGCGGGUUCGGACAUGUCGGUAUCGUCGCGCCGCCGCCGGCCUUGUGCACCGAUAAUGCCGCUAUGAUCGGAUGGGCGGGUAUUGAGAUGUUCGAGGCUGGCUGGCGUAGCGAUCUUGGCUGUCGGGCUUGGAGGAAGUGGUCUCUAGAUCCGCGCGCCGAGGACGGCGGGAUUCUGGGUCCGGAUGACUGGCUCAAGACUUAA